AUGGACUUGUGGGGGCACGGUGCCGGGAACACCAAGGACGCCUACGGGACGGAGACGGACGUGAGGGCCAUCUCCGAGAGCAAUCAGCACUGGGCGGGCUUCAAGCUCCGUGUGCUGACCCAGAACUUGUGGGGGAUUCCUGUGAUAAGCCGCUGCCUCGAGGCUCGAGUGCACGCUUUCGCGAAGACCUUGGGGGGGGGGUGGGAUGUGAUCGCCCUGCAAGAGGUGUGGCAUGCGCGAGAGCGAGACGCCUUGAGGCGAGCGGCUCUUGUGGCCGGCCUGAGGUACAGCCGCCACUUCGAGCACGGCUGCGGGGCCCCCUUGCUUGGACCCGGGAUGGGGGGCACGGGGCUGCUGAUCCUCUCCAGGUUUCCUAUCACGGAGAGCUUCUUCCGGCCGUACCAGCUGCAGCACAGCGACUACCUUGGCGGCAAGGGGCUCGGCCUAGCCCGCCUACACACGCCGGCCGGUGCGGUGGACCUUUACGUCUCGCACUUGCACGGGGACUACAGCCGGGCGAAGGGUUCAAAAGACCCUGAUAGGUACAAGUCGCACAGGGUGGCGCAAGCGUUCGAGGUGGCGCACAUCAUCCGACUCACUUCCAGAAGCCCUCUGGUUUUGCUCUUGGUGAGGACCCCCACACCCAAGCCGCACACCGCCGUGCGGUACGAUAAGAGAGGAUCGCACGAGCACAGACAAAGGGCCAAGAAGCAAGUGGUAGAUUUCAGUAGCCUGUCGGACCUGAACGCGGGCCCCGGGUCGAUGCCGUACGGGCUCCAGCGCAGCGUGGCGGGUCUGCUGGAUGCGUUUAGUGAGGCUAAGCCCGACGAGGAAGGCUUCACGUGCGAGGCCACCGACAACGUGUUUUCCAACGGAAGGGACCCGCCGGCGAGACUGGACUACGUGCUCUUUAAGGUCUUGCCGCCACCCCUGUGCGCGCCGCAGGCAGUGGAGCCCACGUGGGAGCUGAGCAACUGCUGGGUGCACCAAGCGCAUAUCCCGCAAGAUGACACCGAUGCUAGCCUGCUCGCCCAAGUCGCCGACACGAGGACGGAGAGCCGCAACAACAACAACACCUCGACAGGGGCCCCGCAGCAGCGUGGCAGGACUGGAGGACCAGCGGCGGCGGUGUCAUCGUCGUUGCCGCUCAUGGGCAGCAGCGGCAGCAGCAGCAGCAGCAGGGAUAGCCAGCCCCGGGGGGGGGUACGGGCAGCGGCGGCGUCGCCCGUGCGAUCAGAAGACGGGAAUUUCGUGGACGGCGUUGGGGCUGGGUUGGGGGGGGGCGGGAGUAGGGGCGGAGAUGGGGACGGAGCGAAACGGAGGAUUAAUUUGUCCGACCACCACGGGGUCGGCGCGGAGUUCACGGCUAGAGAUCCCGAAGGCGACGACGACGACAAUCAUAGCUCGCUGGACGAUGACGUCGACGGGAUGCCCCCGCCACGGAGGGGCUUGCGGCACUCCCAAUCCAUCCCGGGAGGGACUUUCCCUCAGGGGCCGCUGUUAGCGCGAGCGUUGACGGAAAUCGACCGUGGGAUAGAGGAGGCGUUGAACCGAAGGACUUCCCACCUGCGCACUGCUAAAGCCCUGGCAACGUUGUGGCUGGCGCUCUUGGCUGGGGGAGCCAUGGCCAAAUCGGACGGUUCAAUGGGGUACAUCGCGAGAGGAGCUGCUGGAGUGUUUGGGGGUGUCCUGUGUACAGCGGCGUCGGCGUUGUUCCUGUUGUACUGGUUCUCGGCUAAGGAGGAGGUUCAAGGACUUAAGGAGGUCUUCCAAACCGCCACGAACUACGAGCGGCACCUCCCAAUGGAGGAGGCUUUUCCAGACGGGGGGUUCGACACCUUGCAGUUAUACAGCUACAUGGAACAGAACUUCCGCUAGUGCAUUGCUGUUCGAGCAGGACGGAUAGCGCCGCGGAACGCGGUUCUAUCUCUCAUAUUUCGCUACGCUGUUUGUAUUACAGUUUUUGGCGCAGGUAACCUAGCUACACAUUUUACGGGCAUGUCGACGCGACAGCGAUUUCAGUUACAGAGUUAUGGGAUUGGGGUGUGAUAGAGUGAUAGAAGAGUAUCGAUGAGCGAAGGGAUGCAUGGUCUGCAUAGGUAUUCGCCGUUUGUUUUACACGUAUAUAGGCUAUACCGCUGUGUACGCGCGUGUACUCUUGGCCCGUUUCAUCCCCCUUGGCUGUGGCAGAAAACGGCGAUGGGUUCCAUUCCACCCCACGUCUGGCGGCAGUUUUCUUCAACAGUCGACGUCGCUAUGGAAUGUAAGUGUAGAAGUAGUUUAAUUUCUGUUCGUCCUAAGCUUGGAGCAGCAUCAGACCUUGCUUCCGUGACAAUACAAGCGUAUUCGAUAAACCAGAACACCAGAAAAGUAAGUCGAAGGUUCUACAACAUUACUGUACCAUGGUAUGCUUUCGUGGGUCCCCCCCGCAACACUUAUCCUGUUCCACAAACGUUCCGUGGAGUGUUUGUGGGGCGAUUGACCCUGUAUUCAUUGGGUGAUCAUGCUGCUGUUUGCGGUGAAAUCUAUGGGUGUUCCAUGUAAGUUUCGUGACGUUUUUUCUUGCCGCUGCCUUCCGCGCCUUGUUGGGGAGUCGACGGAUAGCGCAAGUAUGUUUUGUUGGGGGAGUACAAGUGGGGCUGCAUCGUAUAGCUGUUCGGGUGGUGGAAGGUACAGCGUCUUGGUCGUAAAGGUACAGGUUGCGGAGGAUGUUUGAUCUGGUUGUACACUCAUGCCUCUUAUGUUUUUACCCGCUCAAUGUUUUUGCUGUGUGUAUGGGAUCCAUCCACAAGUGUUUGGCUGGCGCUCCGCGACGGCCCAGAGGUAGCACGGUAUCUUUCAUGUGGUUACCGAUGGCACAUAAGAAUGUGCGUGUUCCGUAUGGCGAUCGUUGCUGUCAUGUUUUGUUUUUUUGGGUAUGCGCUCAAGAGCUUCGUUUGGCGUUUCGCCGUACGGAUAAGGAUUGGAUUGGUUUUGCAUCCUUGUCUCGAAACGGGGGUGGCACUUUUCACUUUCCGGACCGAUCUAUUCCAAACACGUCCUCUCCGGCGACUGCUGUGUAGACCGUUCCUGUAGUCAGGAAAGAUCCCCCAAAUUGCAAUUGGGGGGCAACUAGAGGCUGUUCCAGAAGGAAAUUUGGGGUAUGUAUGCAUGAGAGACUCUCCGAGACAAGCAAGCCUGGGGGUCGCGGGAUGGGAACCGUCCCUCAUACCCCCAACACUACAUGGUUUUCAUCCGAUGGGCCCACGUGUUCUACAGCAGCUGCGUACGUUUUGGGUGGUCGGUUGUAGACACGACAGGCAGAGGUCAGUUCUACCCACGAAAAGGAGAAAACCGCUCGAUUGAGUCUUUCCACGACACAGAUUCAGGAGCGCGCGUCGAUUCCCCACUUGCAAACUGGGGCCUCAGCCUGCACAAAAAAUCAAGCACUACUGUGAAGGAAUCUGCAAGCUACCGUCCGUAUCUACAAGGUGUUUUGGUGGCUUACACGCCGCCGACUUGGCCGCACAACAGCAAAGGACUUUGGGGGUACAGACUCUCCCACGCUUAUACCACGGAACGGAAAACAAGUACGAUCCAACCUCCUUCCUGACUACGCCGUUAUUGCUCGGGUGUGCACGAACGUGUCACCGCAAAGCCCGAUCAUAUCUUGCAUGGCUGAACGGAAACGAUUCUAGGUGCCCCCCCCCCCCC